CGGAAUAGGUGCAUUAUGGGAUGCAAACAGUGUAAAGAUUGCUAAUUCACCGACCAAAACAGCGAAUAAAUUAUAGGAUUGAACGUUUUCUACAGCGGUUGGGGUGUAAAUAAACAUAUGGAUUGUUAAAUGUUUUAACUCGUCAUUAUGUCAACGAAAGCGGAAUGCAGGGUGACCAGCUCCACGUCCAGAACAGAAGAAAGGAGGAGAUCAAGAAGCAGAGAACGUGACAAAAGGAAACGGAAGCGAAGCCGUGACCGAUCUUCCUCCUCAUCCUCCAGUUCCUCAUCUUCAUCCUCAUCGUCGUCUUCGUCGCCUUCUUCAGGGUCAUCGCGUUCCUCCAAUAGUGGUCGGAGCAGCUCGAGCAGUAGUGACUCUCGCAGCAAAUCCAGAAAACAGUCGAAGAAAAAGAAAAAGGAGAAGCACAAAAAGAGAGGAAAGCGAGAAAAGAGACAUAAACAUAAAAAGGACAAGAAAUCAAAAGGAAGAGAGAACUCUGGACCUGUUCAGAUCUCUAAGUACCUGAAGGACAGAGAAAAGGGGAAGUACAGCAUGAUUUCAGGGAAGAAGAUAAAGAUGAAAGUGAAGAAGUCCAAAAAAGACAAGCAGAGGGAUAAAAAUCGAGCAGAGCUCCUCGAGUUCCUGAACUCCACCCUGUGAUGCCGCUGAGGACGCCUCUCCUGUCUGACCUGUCCGCAGAACUCAGGAAGCAACACGUUUCACUUCCCAGAAGAGGAAGAAAGAAGAGCUUUCUAACAGACAGUAGGAAAAUAAGUGACUUUUAUCGCCACAGGGGGGCAGCAGUGAGCUGGACCGAGCGAAGAAGCAGGUGAUUAUUCUUCAGGUGGUCUUUAUGUAAGAAGUUUUGUUUCUCAUCAGUUUCAAAUUAAAUUCUGUGACACACCUGCCUCCCAGCUGUCAACAUGUCACACUUUCAAACAACUACUCCUACAAUUUAGACUAAAUGAUGACAUCGUCUGAAACACAAACCAACCACCAUCCAGUCUCUUUGUUGUAAACAAGAAGAAACACCUGAGGACAAAUAAAAUUUACAGUUUUCUUUUUUUUAAAGAGCACUUCCCACUAUGUGACAUAAAGUUCUAAACAUUUAAAAAAGUUUGAACAAAUUUUUUCCUGUGACCUUGAGGCCGUCUGAGCUGAAACCAUUGUUUAAAUUGUUUUCUUUGAAUUGAACAUUUUGUCUUUCCUCGUCACGUUCCGUUAAUAAUCUGCCAUUUUUUUCUGCCUCGAAGUCUAAACUUUAUUUAGUUUUUGCUCGUAUAAAACCAGUCGGUUGGGUUUGUGUGGAUGAAGGUGCAGAACUUCGGUUUGUGUUGCCGAAGAUGAAAAUGCGGACAUUUUAAUUGCUAAAAA